AUGGGUUUCAAAUAUGUCUUCGUUCCAGCAUCGGCCAGUGAUGACAUGCAGGAGCUCGACUUCGAAAAAGAUGUUGCGACCUUGGAGGAGGACACCUUCCGCACCUUUGUCGAGAACUUCUUUGCUCGAGCUGGGGCUACCGCUGACCGUGGGGUGCUGUUGCAGCAGCUGAAAGAUCGCACGGGCGUAGACAUCCAGGAGAAGACAGACAAGGGCGAGAUGCCAAACGAGAUGCUGGACAAGCUCCUCUCUGCCAGCAGCGUCGAGAUCUUCCCAGUUCAGCUUCCAACGAAGGAGACCGGGUUCCACGCAGUUAGUGUGUACCUCGAUGACAAGGGUGUGGCCAAGAGCCUCGAGGAGAACGUGCGUGUCUCCGGCCUUGUGCAAGCGUGUGGAUACCCCGGGCAGACGUUCAGAGGGGACUGCUUUGUCGGAAGGGUGUUCGACGACACCCAGGAUGAGUGGAGGAGGAUGGACUUCACCCUCAAGGAUUGCAGCACCGAUGCUGAUUGGAUCCAGCAGACGAAGCUGCAGCGUGCCAACAGGAAGUCAGGUGACCUGCAGAACCUGGCAAACAGCAUUGGUGCCAAUAAUCCUGCUCAGAUUAAUCCCUCCAUGAUGGCAGAGUCUCCGAAGGGUGAGACUGCAGACUACUCUUGGAAGCAGUCAGAAGAUGAAGUCGAGGUCACCUUCAAGCAGGAAGGCUUGCAAAAAGGUGACAAGAAGUACGUAAAGGUGGCCUUUGGACGCAAACGGCUGAAGGUGUCAGUCAAGGACCAGGUCAUUAUCGACUCGCCCUUGGCCGGCAACACGACCGCAGAUGAGUGUACCUGGACCCUGAGCGAUGGAAUACUCCAAGUGACGUUGGUCAAGGAAGAUGGAGACACAUGGUCGGAGCUCCUGGCAGAAAGCUGA